UAUUCAACCUCUCAUUAUGACACUAGCUUAACCUAGCUCUAUAUAAAGCCCAUGCAUCAUCACACAAAUCACUUGUAUAUUCCAAAAACAAAAUGGCUCAUUACACAAACCACAAUGUUUACAUUGUAACAAUUAUUCUUGUUGCAACAACCUUAGCUUCCAAUGCAACAACAUCAAUGAGUGAAAGUGCACAUCCAAGCUUAGCAACAAGGUUGAAGGUGGAUGGAGAGCCGGAAAGUAUAAAUUGUUGGGAUUCAUUGUUCCAACUUCAAGCAUGCACGGGUGAGGUCAUAAUGUUCUUCCUCAAUGGUGAGACAUACUUAGGACCUAGUUGUUGUCAUGCCAUAAUAAUUGUUGGACAUGAUUGUUGGCCUCAGAUGCUUGCUUCUCUUGGAUUCAGUGCCGAAGAGACUGAUAUUCUCCAAGGUUAUUGUGAUGCCGAACAACAACACCAUCACCACUAUUCUCCUCCAUCUCCACCAUCUCCUCCUCCAUCAUCAUCAUUUCCUCUUCGUCAUGCAAUCACCAAUAAUAGCUAAUGUGGUUACUUACGAAUUAGGAUUCAUAAAUAUGCUUUAAUUUGCUCAAUAAAAUAAAGUGUUAUACGAUUGAUAUAUGGUGGAAAUAUCAUGCAACGAGUAUUUCUCUUUUUUGUUGGGCCAUGUUUUGUAUUUUAAGUUUUUCACUUUCCUUCAUUAUGUGAAAAUUAUAUGUAUCAAGGCCCAAAUUAUGUUCACCUUUAUCUAUUU